GGGAAGGAUGUUUUCCUCAGUGAGGCCAUACGAGAGCCAGCGCUACGCCUCUCUGAAGAAGGAGUGCCAGCGGCGGAAGCAGCUCUUCGAGGACCCGCUCUUCCCCGCCAACGAUGACUCGCUCUUCUACAAGUCGAGGAUUCAGGGCAUCCAGUGGAAGAGACCCAAAGAAAUCUGCAAUGAUCCACGUCUCUUUGUGGAUGGGAUCAGCUCCCAUGACUUGCACCAAGGCCAGGUUGGGAACUGCUGGUUUGUGGCUGCCUGCUCCUCCCUGGCAUCUCGGGAGUCUCUGUGGCAGAAGGUCAUCCCAGACUGGAAGGAGCAGGAGUGGAACCCUGAGAAACCUGAGAGCUAUGUGGGUAUCUUCCACUUCCAGUUCUGGCGUUUUGGUCAGUGGCUGGAUGUGGUGAUCGAUGACCGCCUGCCCACACUCCACAAUCAGCUCAUCUACUGCCACUCCAACUCCAAGAAUGAGUUCUGGUGUGCCUUGGUGGAGAAAGCUUAUGCCAAGUUGUCAGGCUGUUACGAGGCCCUGGAUGGAGGCAACACAGCUGAUGCCCUGGUGGAUUUCACUGGUGGGGUCUCUGAACCUAUCGACCUGACCGAAGGGGACUACAUCACCGAUGAAGCCAAGCGAAACCUCCUCUUUGAGCGCGUGCUGAAGGUGCACAACAGGGGAGGCCUCAUCAGCUGCUCCAUCAAAGCCACAUCAGCAGCUGACAUGGAGGCUCGCCUGGCCUGUGGACUGGUGAAGGGCCACGCGUAUGCAGUGACGGAUGUGCGGAAGGUCCGUCUGGGCCAUGGCCUUCUGUCCUUCUUCAAGUCGGAGAAGCUGGACAUGAUCCGCAUGCGCAACCCGUGGGGUGAGCGGGAGUGGAACGGCCCUUGGAGUGACACCUCUGAGGAGUGGCAGAAAGUGAGUAAAAGUGAGAGAGAGAAGAUGGGAAUGACAGUAGAAGAUGAUGGAGAGUUCUGGAUGACCUUUGAAGAUUUCUGCAAAUACUUCACGGACAUCAUCAAGUGCCGUCUGAUCAACACCUCCUACCUAAGCAUCCACAAGACCUGGGAGGAGGCAGUGCUACACGGGGCAUGGACCAGAAGCAGUGACCCCUUGAAAAACCGCUCUGGGGGCUGCAUCAACCACAAGGAUACUUUUCUGCAGAACCCCCAAUAUGUGUUUGAUGUGAAGAAGGCAGAAGAUGAAGUGCUGAUUUCCAUCCAGCAGAAGCCCAAAAGAACCAGUCGCAAAGAGGGCAAAGGAGAGAACUUGGCCAUAGGCUUUGAUAUCCAUAAGGUGGAGUUGAACAGGAACUACCGGAUGCACACCCUGCAGCAGAAGGUGGCCAGCUCCAUCUACAUCAACUCCCGCAGUGUCUUCCUGAGGACAGACCUGAAGGAAGGCCGCUACGUCAUCAUCCCCACCACUUUUGACCCUGGUCAUGAAGGCGAGUUCCUUCUCAGGAUUUUCACAGACGUGCCUUCAGAUUGCCGAGAGCUGACACUGGAUGAGCCACCACACACCUGCUGGAGUGGGAUGUGUGGCUACCCACAAGUAGUGUCCCAGAUCCAUGUCCUUGCUGCAGCUGGGCUCAAGAAUGAGGACUCCCAAGGAGGAGCUGAUCCUUAUGUGAUCAUCAAGUGUGAAGGGCAGAAGGUUCGCUCUCCGGUGAAGAAGAACACGGUAUCACCAGAAUUCGAUGUGAAAGGGCUCUUCUACCGCAAGAAGCCAGGACAACCCAUCAUUGUUCAGAUCUGGAACCACAACUUGAUAAGUGAUGAGUUCUUGGGCCAAGUGGCGCUCACAGGGGAUCCCAGCGACCGGCAGUCAAUGCACACACUGCACCUCCAGGACAAGGGGAACAGGAGGUCAAAUGAUCUCCCUGGAACCAUUGCUGUGAUGCUCCUCAGCAGUAACAUCCUCACUAAUGUCUGAGUACUCAAGGAUGACUCUUCUGGUGCCACAUAUGUGAAUAUAAACAUGCACACAUACAUAUACAUAUAUAUAGAGAGAGAAACACAGAGCCUACCUGCCAUCUGCAAAGUGUAUAUGAACCAUGCAUGCAUUCCACUCCAAGGAGCCAGUCUUGUGUUUUCAAUGUUAAAAAAAUGGUGCCUUUUUUGGGGAACCGCAAUGAUCCUUCUGCUCUGCAGCCCUCCCUGCCCUCUGGCUGCCACGUGCGCUGUGGGACCGCUGUGAGCACGCUGUGUGUCCUGACAGCCAGAGCACGAUGCCCUGGGGCUGUUUGUUUACACAGGCUGGCACACACACGUGCCACCACGCACACGUGUGGCCACCACGGUUCCACCAGCUGCUUCAGUGCAUCUUCAGUGUGUCUGCUUGGGUUAAGAGUAGUGUGCAUGGAGUUGUCUCCCCUGAAAUUGCCAUGUAAUCAUUUAUCUGUGGAGGCACCACAGCAAAGGAGAACUGGACAAACA